AUGCUGCGCCCCGGCCUGAGCAACUUGACGCGGCGCGCCAGCCCGCAGUUCUGCCGCUCGGCAUCCACCGCUGCGGCCGCCCAGUCGUCGUCCAAGAAAGAGGGCGACAUCUCGGACGCCUUCGUGUCUCUGUCGGGAGCCGAGCGCGCGCCCCUUCCGGACCGGUAUCGGCAGCUCAAGUGUGACUUGGUGCGGGGGCGGGAGGACAAGCUUGUCGAGAGUUGGUCGAGACUGUUGCGCCAACUUAAGCGGGAGAAUGACAUUAUUGCCGCCAAGGGCUCUGAUGUCAUCCCUCAGGUCGACUUUGCCGACUUGGAGGCCGGUUGCGAGAGGUUGAAGGGGGAGAUCAAGAAGCGCGGCGCCUUGGUCGUUCGAGGCGUCAUUCCCGAAGACGAGGCCAGGGGGUACAAGGACGAGAUCGAGGACUAUGUCAGGAAGAAUCCCCACACCAGAGCUUUCCCGCCUCGAGACCCCCAAGUCUACGAGCUCUACUGGUCAGGCCCUCAACUCAAGGCACGCUCUCACCCUUCGCUCCUGCGGGUCCAGAAGCACCUCAUGUCCUUUCUGUGGCACACGUCAUCCCCCACGGCCCAGAUAUCGCUGGACCACCCCCUCUCCUACGCCGACAGGCUGCGCAUCCGCCAGCCCGGGGAUGCCAGCUUCGCCCUCGGUCCUCACAUUGACGGCGGCAGCGUCGAGCGCUGGGAGCGGGACGGCUAUGGGCGCGGCGGCGUGUACGACCGCGUCCUCGAGGGCCACUGGGAAAAGCACGAUCCGUGGGAUGCAAGUGGCCGCGUCGACGCCGUUAACAACCUCUAUGACGGCCUCGGCGCCUGCUCCGUCUUUCGCAUGUGGCAAGGCUGGAUGAGUAUGUCACGAUCCGGGCCUCACGAGGGCACGCUCCUCGUCAAUCCGUUAAUGCACAUGGCAACUGCCUAUGUCCUGCUGCGGCCCUUUUUCAAACCCCUAAACGCAACCAAGGGGCCGCGGUUCCUCGACGAGAGCAACUGGGCUUUUACCGGCAGGGCAGACAUGACGAGCGAGCUUCAGGGUGCGUCGCCGGGCCACGGCCAAGAGCUCACCGACGACUUACAUCCGCACCUGGAGCUGGAAAGAACAAUGAUCCACGUGCCCAAGAUCAAGCCCGGCGAUUUCGUCGCGUGGCAUUGCGAUACCAUCCACUCGGUCGACAAGGUCCACGGAGGCGGCUCAGACUCCAGCGUGCUCUACAUCCCCGUGUGCCCCGUCACGGCCCUCAACGCCGAGUACUUGGCCCGUCAGCGGGACGCCUUCCGGCGGGGCACGCCGGGCCCGGACUUCCCAGGUGGAGAAGGAGAAGCCCGGCACGUCGGCCGACCAACCGAAGAAAUGAUGCGGGGUUGGACAACGCCGGCGGGCCGGCAGGCGUUUGGGCUAGAGAAAUUUGACGUGAGGGAGGGUGCGCUGCCGGGAGAGAGGGACGUGGUGGAAAAGGCGAACGCAAUCCUGGGCUUCUAG